ACGUCUUCCUGCAGUAACACCACCUGCCAUACAAACCAGCAACCUUCCCAGCAGGGUGUCAGAGAGGUUAAAAAAGAGGAGGGGGAAUACCUGAUAUCUGAGGGUGAAGGGACUGCGAAUGAGAGCCCCCCCAAGAAGGUCAAGGGUGCAGCGGUUCAGGAUGUGACUGAGGUGGAGCUGAUUGGUUCUCUUCUGUUAGUUACUGGUGGGCGGAGCAAACAGUGUGCGAAACCUCCAAACCCAGCAAGGAGAAUGAAUGAAUCUCACCCCAAGGAGUAUGUCAGACAACUGAGGGCUGGAACUGUCAACACAAACCAGGAUUCCCCAACUUCUGCUGGCCCCAGUGCCGCUCAGCCCAGUAAAGACACACUCAGUACCUUGGCAGAAGCCAAUACAGACACACUGACAGCACAGCAGGUUCCCAGGGUAAGAAGACUUUCAAUAUAAACAGAGACUGUAAAAUUCACAGGCAGACUCGCACAAAGAAGUCCCAUCGGUGUUCUGAGUGUGGGAAGAGCUUCAGUCAUUUAGGAAACCUAAAGACUCACCAACGGAUUCACACAGGAGAGAGGCCCUACCAGUGCUUCCAGUGUGGGAAGAGCUUCAGACAUUUAAGUCAAAUGAAGACACACCAGUGGAUUCACACAGGGGAGAGACCCUACCAGUGCACCCAGUGUGGGAAGAGCUUCACAGUGUUAGGAAUCCUAAAGAGCCACCAGCGUAUUCACACAGGAGAGAGGCCCUACCAGUGCUCCCAGUGUGAGAAGAGCUUCAGAUAUUUAAGUCACCUGAAGAGACACCAGCGAAUUCACACAGGAGAGAGGCCCUACCAGUGCUCCCAGUGUGAGAAGAGCUUCAGAUAUUUAAGUCACCUGAAGAGACACCAGCGAAUUCACACAGGAGAGAGGCCUUACCAGUGCUCCCAGUGUGGGAAGAGCUUCAGUUAUUUAAAUCCGCUGAAGAGCCACCAGCGUAUUCACACAGGAGAGAGGCCCUACCAGUGCUCCCAGUGUAAGAAGAGCUUCCGUAUUUUAGGAAAACUAAAGACACACCAGCGGAUUCACACAGGGGAGAAGCCCUACCAGUGCACCCAGUGUGGGAAGAGCUGCAGGCUGUUAAGUCACCUGCAGACACACCAGCGGAUUCACACAGGAGAGAGGCCCUACCAGUGCUCCCAGUGUGAGAAGAGCUUCAGUCAUUUAAAUCUCCUGAAGAGACACCAGCGGAUUCACACAGGAGAGAGGCCCUACCAGUGCUCCCAGUGUGAGAAGAGCUUCAGUCAUUUAAAUCACCUGAAGAUACACCAGCGGAUUCACACAGGAGAGAGGCCCUACAAGUGCUCCCAGUGUGGGAAGAGCUUUAAUCAGUCAGGAACCCUAAAGACACACCAACGGAGUCACACAGGGGAGAGGCCCUACCAGUGCUCCCAGUGUGAGAAGAGCUUCAGCCGUUUAGGAAACCUAAAAAGACACCAGCAGAUUCACACAGGAGAGAGGCCCUACCAGUGCUCCCAGUGAUUAGGAUACAUUGAGACGCACCACCAGACCCAUACAGUUCAGUCAGUCCAUUAAAUGUUUGUUCUUGAUUUUUUCUAAAUUGUAUUUCUGAAAUACCUUUAUGUUGGGUCCCCCUCAUUAGUCGUGUUGAUGUUUAGGAUUUGUUUGACAAAGAUUCAGAGGCACUGUUUUUUGAUUGUUAGAAUAUAUUGUGAAGGUAGUCUUUGACUGCAAAGCAGUUUUAUAAACUGUGAAAUUGCACGGUUGUGUAUUUUACAGAAGAUGAUUCGGGUUACGUGAAAUAAAAUUCAGAAUUUCUGUAAAUUUUUCUGUUUGAAAUAGCUCCCUGUUCGUAAGUCUAGAUAUGAUGACAGCUGAGCUAGGGCGUGGCCUCUGCUGUUUAAUGUCUCCACCUACUGAGACAUGUAUAGGCAAUGGGUUGUAUUAGGUUGCAUGUGUAAUACGUCACGAUUUGUGUGUAGGGGCCAUUUUACCAGGGAAUGUCGGAGAUGUCCGUCAAACAGAUGCAUGAAGUUCUGUAUUUCUUUUCAAUGUUAAAGAAAGUUUCAUAUAAACUAAAUGUAUUGCGAGGGCUCAGGACUAUGAAAAGCUGUAUUUUGUUCAGGCAAAUUGGACUGAGGCAUUUCUUCAUAUCGUUUGAAGGAAGUAAUCUACCAUACAGUUAGCCAUAAAAUCUAAAUGCAGGUGCAAUGAGGCACCAUAACGCUAUCUUAAAUUAUAAUACAUGAAUUGCCAGCUUUGUGUUACAGUAGGAUGCCAGACAUAAACUCAAAAAGAAACGUUGUAUUUAUUGAGUGUAUAUCUAAACGGGACCAGCGACUGCGACACAUGAUUUGCAACCUCAAGUUCAUCAGUCGGUUCUCCCUUUUACAUGAGCUCAGUGGCUAUGAAAACUCCCACGAUUAGAUGAUAGAAAUGUACUUUGUCCUUAGGAACAAAACUAGCUAGUCUGAGUUAUCAUUAAUGAAGCCUUCUAUAUAUGACAAACCACAAGAUGCCACUGCCUGAGCAUGUCUGUUACAAUUAAUUUAGAAUGACCUUGGGAGGCUAGCGAGUUAAUUUGGUGUUAGUGGAAAAUGACAGAAUUGGUAGCCUUCCUGCACAUUAAUUGAUUGUGAACAUAUGAAAUAUUUCAUUUUAAUUAGGGAAGUGCACUUAUAAUCGAAAUGUUGCUGGUCCAAAUCCCUGACUAGCAAGGUACCACCCCCAAGCACUGCUCCCUGGGUGCUGAAUUAGCUGCCCCCUGCUAUGUCUUGGUGUCACAUGUAGGUUAAAUGCAGAGGUUACAUUUCGUGGUUGUGCACUGUGUGUUGUGCUGUGGUGUGUCAGCACUGAUCGCCAAAUUACAAAAUUAUUCUGAGUUGCAAACAUUCAUAAACUUUUUGCUGUAAA